AUGAGAAGAUUCAAAAAUGAUGCGGAGCUGAUACCUGGCACACUUCCUAAGCUCAAGAACUCAAAAGAAUGGUUGGAACCAAAGUCACUUUCUUUUAUGGAGGUAUUAGCUAAAGAAGAUAUUGAUGCAGCUAUUCAAUCAAUAUUGUAUAGAGAAAAUUAUAUAAUUAAGGAACUAGAUAAGUAUUUACAACAUCAUGACUUCUUAAAUGCAAGAAGAAAAGAGAUAUUAUAUAAAAGAUGGGUUGACCAUGUGGCGGAUCCUCUCCAGAAGAAAAUUAUAGAAAAAGUCUGUUCACAUAAGAAGAUUAAACAAAGAAGACAAGAGGAAUUAAAUGGCUUUUUAAAACAUGUAAAUAAAAAGGGAAAUGCAUUUAUAGAACAUUAUGAUCCAAAAGAGUAUGACCCUUUUUACAUGACCAAAGAGGACCCCGGUUUUCUGAAGGUUAUUAUCCCAUCCUUCUGUGAUCCUUUGAAAAAAGCACAACGUGACAAGGAUGAAGAAAAAAGAACUCUUCUUCAGUGUGAGACUGGUAAAAUAUAUACAAUGAAAGAAUUUAAAGAGGCUGAGAAGGCCAAACUGUAUUCCAGAUUUCCAAGCAUUUCUAACUCAAGGCACUUUAUGACUCCAAAUGAGUGGCUUAAACUACCUGCAAGAUACAUAGAGAGUGAAUUUUGUAAAAGGAGCAGGUUAAAAGUGAAAGUGAAUGUUAACCAUAGCAGUUUUGAUUUGAAAUUCUCAGCAAGAGCUCCUUGUCUUCAGGAACAAAAGGAAGGAAAAACAGUUAUUUACAAAAACAAGGAAGCACCUUUCCUGAAAACGAAACCACUAUAUCAUCAGGAGGGAAAGAAUCUAAGCCCCAAAGAGGAUGAUACUGAAAGGCUCUUUUCUUCCCUGAACCUCAGCCAGGAGGUCAAAAGGGAUGAGAAUCAGGAUGUGGAGAUGAAUGGGUAA